GCCAAAAGCGUUCCUUUUGCUUCGGUACUUUGGAGAGUGACGGUCGUAUCUUUUUUUCAAUGUGAAUCGAAGCAAGCGAACUGCUCUUUACUGUUUUCUGUGGCGUAUAUAACCAGCACAUUUCGAGUUGUGAAAACGCGUAAAAUUCAUUGUAUUGGCGUACAUUAGCGUUGGUUUCGUGGCGUACAAAUCGUUUUAAAAAAACACUUCAAUCCUCGUCUGGUGACCUCGUGCCGUAUUGUUUGGGUGAGACAGUGUGCGUGUGUGUGUGUGUGUGUAUGUGUGUGUGCGCGCGCAAGCUUGCGUUGUACAGUAUUCCAGAUAAUCGGAAAUUCUGCAGCUGUUAAGUGAGGUUAUUGUUUGCUCCUUGGUUUUGUGGUGGCUUCCCUUAAAGCUUUGAUAAAGGUUGUUUUGGUGCCUACCGGGAAGCCAAGAUGGAAGCAGGAAGCGAAAACAAUCCAUCAGCAGAUGCUGUCAUCAUCCGGAAUCCCAUGAACUGUACCGCACCGAUCACGAAGGAUGAAAUACCGAGCUCACCCUUUUUAUGCACGCUCGGUCAUAUGUCGGACAUUGUGCUGCAUCGCAUACGACGCCCGGCACCGACCGAAACAACGAAAUCGCCAUGGAAAAUCCGCAACCUCUGCAAACGGCUCGAAUUCUCGGUACAGCAUUUCUAUCGCAAAUUGCUCGAACAGGAAGCCCAAAUCGUACAAAAUUUUAAUUUUCCCAACAUUGUUGCGGCAAUGCCAAUGGAAAAAUUAAACCUAUACAAACAACACCUUGCGAUGGAAUAUUGUUCACAGUCGCUAGCCGAAAUAUUAUCUGCUCGAUACAGCGCACAGCUAGGACCAUUGGAAGCUUCCAAAGCGGAAAAGGUUUCACUGGCAGCACUCGGUGCACUCGACUAUCUCCAUACGAAGGCGCACAUGGUGCAUGGCGACUUAAAAUCAUUCAACAUACUGGUCGAUGAAACAUUUGAUACAAUUAAACUAUGUGGAUUUGGUCCGAUGGCGAAAAAAAUAUCCCCGGACGGAACGUUGGAGCGGGGCACCGAUACUAUCGGGAUCGGUUUAUGGUCCGCACCGGAAGCGUUGGAAAACGAUGAAAGUAUCACUGCGAAGGUAGAUAUCUUUUCGUUCGGGUUGGUCGUAUUCGAAAUGUUAGCCUGUAUGCCGCCGCAUACGUUUCCGGGCAUAAUGGAUUUUGUGAUCGCCGCACCGAAAGAGUUGCAGCGGAUGCACAACUCGAACAAGGUGCGCAACAUGGAGGUGAAGGAUAGCGAGAGCGAUGAGAAGUGUGCCGAUCGCAAAACAGUUGGACGUAAAUUGCCAGCAUUGGCCAGAAAGAAGAAUGCCGGUAUUAUGUUCAUACGCAAGCGCCAAAUAUCACCAGUAGCGUAUGGUAUGAAAAAGCCAAAGUAUGUAAAUGAGGAGAUCAUCGAUCUGCUGGACGAGGAGGAUUCAGCCAAAGGUGAAUCACCGGCAAAAGGGAACGAUCGUUUGGAGAAAGAUUCCGUUGGCAAGGAGAACAAACCAAUCGAAAAUGAUAAUAAUCCGAUUGUGAAAACAGACGACCCGACAGAGAAAGAUGCGGCAGUGGUAAAAGACAAUGAAGUCGCGGUUGAGAAGGAAAAUAAUUCCACGGCAAAAGAAAGCAACGAUGUUGAAAAAGCUCACGUAUCGCCGGUAAAGAAAAGCGAAACAAGCGAACAGGAGCUAUCGGCGGAAGUAAAAGACGCCGUACCGGUUGCUGUCACCACCAACGCGGCAAACGCAACGGAAGAAACACCACCGAAGGUAGAAAGUUCCACCGAUACCGAUGGUGGUAAUGCUGGUGCAAAGGUGACGGAAACUGCCGCCGACAGCGUUGUACCGGUGCGUGCAAAAAAUCUGAACAUCGCGCCCGAAAUCGUUACGGUGUUUGACAGCUCGGACGAGGAAAAUGAUAACCCGAUCAAAUCGUACGAGGUGGACAGUUCGGAAAGUGGUGUGAAUGAUUUCGACACCGACGAGGAGGAACAGUAUUCCGAUGCGCCGGAUGAUGAUUUUUACGAAGCGACCGAGGACGAUUUCUACGAGGACGGGAUGGAUGAGGAGAUGCCGUACAACGAGGAGGAGGAUGGGUCCGAUAUGGAGGACGGUAUCUUUCUGAACUACGGUUGCUUGGGGACGCGUCCCCCCUUACCGGGCGACCUAGUGUUCGGCAAGGAGUACGAGAAGCUGCUGGAAAUGUUUUUCAUCUGCACGACCAAAAACCAUAGCUUGCGCCCGUCCGCUGCGCAAAUUCUAACAGCCUAUCGGGAGCAGAACACAACGAAGGAAGCGCAACCGUAGAAGAAGCGCCUUGCUUCAAUCAUCCAUUCAACGAGAUCAACCCCAGCUCUUAAAACGUGCUGCAACAUUCAACAUUGUUUUUUAUAACAUUAUCCUUCAUUAGAUGAGCGCAUUGCGAGAGGAGAUGUGUAGAGGGGGGGUUGUAUCGGAUUUUUUCUUUUAUAAAUUAAUUCUAAUUAUUUAUAUUGAAUAGAAGAGAAGAGAGAGAGGAGGGGCCGCUAGAGGAAGCUUAACUCUGGCCGCUAAACUUUAUUUUUUUUUCUUUUCAUACGUAAUUCAUAUACACAUGAAAGAUAACUUUUAUUGUAUAUAACUAUGGUUAGGCCCGAUUUUUCCUUUUCCUCGCCCCACAACAAACUACAAGACUUUUGUUUGCUAAAACCCACCCCUCCCCACGGGCAAGGCAAGACCAGAAAAUUGACUUGCGAUUCGCUGUUACCGUUUUAAGGAUAGAAAACCCCGUAAAAUGGAGUUUUUUU